AUAUAUAUAUAGGUGUAGAUUCAUGUUUACCUUUCUUUGACUUGUGGUUUACAUGUAUGGUAGGGAUGCAUGGGACAUGGCAGCAGAAAUCUGUCUUUCGCAGCUUCCAACGUUAGUUGAGGAUCCCAAUGCAGAAUUUCAGCCAAGUCCAUUUUUCACAGAGCAGUUGACAGCUUUUGAAGUAUGGCUUGACCAUGGAUCAAAGGAUAAAAAGCCUCCAGAGCAGUUGCCCAUAGUGUUACAGGUGUUACUUAGUCAAUGCCACAGGUUUCGUGCACUUGUACUUCUUGGAAGAUUUCUCGAUAUGGGACCUUGGGCUGUAGAUCUGGCCUUGUCUGUAGGAAUAUUUCCUUAUGUUCUAAAGCUUUUGCAAACCACCACUCCAGAACUUAGACAAAUUCUUGUCUUCAUCUGGACGAAGAUCCUUGCACUUGAUAAGGUACAUGAUUUGGUUGUAACUCAACAUCUAUGUUGUCUAAUAUUUCAUUUCUGUGUAUUUCAUCUUUGUUUAUUUUUCCUUAUAUGAAGUUGUCUGUUUCCUUUUUGCUAUUACUAUCUAAGAAGCACGCACACUGAAAUUUGGAUUUAUACAUCAAACACCAGUUGGACUCCUGUGGACUCUAUCCAUAUCUCAUUAUUUUUCCUCUUUUUAUUUGUUUUAUGUUGCGAUACUUUGCCAUGUUUUUGGAGACCAAUAGGUCAUGAAUUUGCAACUUUUGUGUUACUUAAACUUUUAAAGUUCUUUUCUUCGGUGUACAAAGCAGAUUUUAAAAGAAUGAUGUGAUACUUUUUAUAUGCAAUUUGUGAUAGACCUAUAGUCUGGAGCCUCAUAUAUCGAACCAGGUGCUAAUUUGGGAGAAAGAGGUGGAGAUCUUAGCGCAGCUUUCUGUUACUUUUGUGUGUUCUUUUUUUGAAUAUUUCAAGCUACUUUGAAUAGAUUAUAGUCCUUCUGAUUUUACCCCGAUUUAGCAAUUCUAAAUUUGGAGUUUGUUACACCUAGGAAUAUGUGUUUGCAAUGAUACUUGUU